AUGAAGCGACCCAGAGACGAGGAAAUAGACCGGUCACGUCCCAUCUCCAAACGACCAAAAAUUGAUGCAGACCUCGCGCGAUUAUGGGAGAAUCUUGCAGACGACAAUGAGGAAACUCGUCUGGAAGCAGCUUUCGAGCUGAUACAAACUCACUGCAGAGACACACAGCCCGAGUAUGCGCGAAAUAUUGCGAGACGACUUUUCAGAGGCUUAUGUAGUGGCAGGAAAGGUGCCAGGCCUGGAUUUUACAUCGCGCUUGUUGGCGCAUUGUCAUUGAAGCCGAAUGCUUUUGGUUGUGAGGACCUCUCUUUCGCCGAGACUUUUCCAAUUCUAGAGCUACAAACCAGACCGGAAGCCGGCACCUCGGGGCAGGAUGAACGCGAUCAUUAUUUUGGUAGACUACUGGCAGUGAAGGCAGUAGUCGAGUCUGGAGUGCUGGAAUCUUCACCUGACCUCCAGGCUGAAUGGGCGAGAGUUCUCGACAGUAUCUACACUUUGAUGGUUCAGAAGCCCUGGCUUCGUGCAGAGGCAAGUGCUGUUGUGUGCUCGGCCAUUCACCGCUUCGCUGCUCAGAAGGUCUCAGACGCUCAAAAGGCAGCUGUACAAACUUUGAAGCAGCUCAACAAGCACAAGCUGACCCGCACCAUUGGUGGUGUUGCUAUUUGGCUUACUGUAAAGACAACAUUUCCUUCAGCCAAACUACCUCAGGACUCUUGGAAUUUAGGGAACCCAUUGUCGUUGAGUGAGCUGAGUGCAUUGAAAAAAGCACUAUUAGACAGCCGAACGACAGAUAAUCUCGAUCAAGAUGUGACAGGUACCUCGGGCUGGUCGCCAUCUCUCAAUCCAGCCUGGAAAUUAGUCUUGCAGGAGCUCAGUAAGCCAAGGUCGAAGAAUGAAGUUUCAUUUGAGCGUUUCUGGAACGAGGUGGUUGAUAAUGGCGUCUUUGGUGAAUCCAGCAACCCUGAGCGGAAACUAACCGGGUUUCUCAUCCUGGAAACAGCUUUGCAGCAAGUCGACGAUUCUUCUACCGAAGUGUGCUUCUCCAGAAAUCUUAUGGCUUCAUUGAUGCAAGGACUUUCUGCCAAGGAGUCAUAUCAACGACGAAUCAUUGACAGGAUUACAGCCUUUAUCAAAACGGAUCUCAAGCAUAAACGUCCAGAUGCUGUCCACCAGAUUAUCCGUGGCUUAUUGGUUGGCAGUGACCUCCGUGAUUUUGAUGUUGAGACCAAGACUGAUAUUUUGCAAUCCUUGUUGACUUCCACGUCUCUCGAGUCUGGAGUGGGAAUCGGCCAUGAUCUACUGUCGUGGUUGCACCAACUCCCCAUCGACCAACAAGAUGUUGUAAAAGCGAAUUCAAGGAAACGAAAUCUGAUAAAUAUUCUGCAACGGGCUGUCUGCCAACAAAUCCGUUGUGUAACACAGAGCACAUCAGCUAAUGCCUUAACGGUGGGACUCGAUCUUCAGAAGUCCUUCAGCAUAAUCAAAGGACUAAUGGAGACGUGUCAGAAGGCCAAGGGCACUGCUUCGACAAUUUCUCUCGACGAACCCACUUUCACACUACUGACUGACAAAAUGAACUUAUGUCUCGAAGCAUUACUUACAGCGGGAGCAGUAGGACAGCGAGCUCUAUUGGAGCUUGUUAGAAUUCUCGAGAACUUCAAUUUGGAAGCCGAGGCGGGUAUACAGGAAUCGUUGUCGGCCGCUUGGCAGCAAUACAACAAACUCGUGACAGUCGUUAAUCAAAACUCCAGUCAUGUCUCUAUCAACGGACACGCGAAGCGCACAAAGAUACGGCCUGGAGAUGGACUUGCCAUGCUGUUCGCUAUGGUCCUGUACCAGGUCUAUAAUGGCGACGAGGGAAGUAUCGAAAUGCUGGAUGAAGUUGUUGAAAUGGUUGAAGAUUUCCUGGCCGAGGACAAAGACUCUGCUAUAGCCAACCAUAUUGUUGACAUCGUCCUCAGUCUGUUCUCAAAGUCUUCCAAGCUCAUCAGGCGAGCGGCUAGCCUGAUCUUCGAGGCUUUUGCUGUCGACAUGUCGUCUGAUGGUCUAAAAGCGCUACGUGAUAUUUUGACAGCGAAAGAGAGCCGUGAGGGUCAGCAAGAACUGUUCGAAAGUGGUGACAUAGAUACAGUGAAUGAUUCAGACGCCAACAGCUUGGCCGAAAGUGAUGCAGUUGAUUCUGACGUCGAGAUUGUCGACGGAGUUGACGACAGCGAUGUCGAAGUGGACGAUAAAGCGUCUGAUUCUGAAGAAACGCCAUCUGAAUCUGGAGACGAUACUUCUGAACCAGAUGAUGCUGAAACGGACAGUAACGAUGAAGAACUUGACAACUUCGAAAGCGCUCUCGCAGCUGCACUUGGAACAAGAAAACUGGACCAGAACGACCUGCCAAACGGUGAUGAGGAGGACGACUCUGAUUCAGACAUGUCAGACUCUGAAAUGAUGCAACUCGACGACAAGCUUGCCGAAGUCUUCAAGAAUCAGCAGAAUCAAUCCUCAGCACAAAAACUACGCAAAGCAGAGAACAAGAACGCGAAAGAGAACGUGAUAAACUUGAAGAAUCGCGCUCUAGAUAUGGUGGAGAUCUUCUUGCGUACACAGCAGGCACGAGGUUUGGAAUGUCUGGAAUUGUUGAGCUCUGUGCUCGAGCUGGCAGCCACGACCAACACUCAACAGCUAGCGAAUCGUGCCGUUGAACUGAUCAAGACUUACUCGCAGAAAUCGAGGGGACCAAAACUGCCGCAGGUAGAACACAGUGAAGAGGCGCAGACCAAAUUGCAGGAUCAGCUAAGGAGGUUGCACGUGGCAAUCUGUAACCGGAGCGUGAGUAACGCAUUUAUCGACGCGGCUGCUCAACUCAAUACUCUCAUCUGCAGGCUAUUGGUGAAAACGGGGAAAGACGACGUCGAGGGCGUUGUCACGCAGAUCUCGUCUGAAACAGGAUCAAAACGAGAAACUACACGAAGAGCUUUCAAAGAUUUCUGGUCGAGGUACAAUGCAUGGACAAACAGUUUGAGAGACAACCAGCAAAAGCAGCCGGCCAAAGUCGCUGCUAAUGGCGAUGUCAAUAGGAGAGCGGAGGAGCAAGGUCCAUCGGUACCUGCCAAACCAAAGGACAAGAAGAAAAAGCAGAAGAAAAGCCAGCAGAAGGACCAAGCCCUGGGCUGA